AGCAAACGUGUGCGGCCUCCUUUUUAACAGUAGAGUAGUCCUCCUCCCCUCUCUUCCGCUGACAGGCAGCAACCGUGGUGGCGGAAGAACCUCUCCUCCGGGCCGGGGAUUGAGACCAGCGGAAGAAAAAUUCCAGAGGCGUCCAGCUUGUUCCAAGAUUCCCCACCAGCGAGUCCCGUCUUGAUUCCCCAAUAGUUUUCUCGCUGGUGCGUGGAGAAAGAUGGGAUUUUCCGAGCUCCGGGUUCACUUGCUCCGUUGAUUGGUGAGCUGCGGAGGUCCCCUGGCUUUUCCCUCGCCGCCGGCCCUUGGCUCCGCCCGCAGGCGCAGAUUGUUUCGUUUCUUGCGGAUCGCCGCUCUAUCCUGUAAAGAUAAGCUCAAAUCUUGGCCUAUUCAUCGCAACCUGAAGACUUGCUAUUUUCGGUCAAUUCAAGGUUGGCUCGCCAACCUGAAGAAGGGUUCACUAGAUUCUGCAAGAACAAGAUCUUGCAAUUCUUGGAAUUUCUCACGGCACCGCCAAACCCAAUAAGUUCUUGGAUUCGGAGAUGGAGAGGCAAUCCAGCACCCGUCUCGGCGCUCUGGAGAAACUGAAGAGCUUCCGGGGAAUAGAGAAGCAGAGGAGCUUCAAGUUCCUGUCCAUGGAGAGGCAGCAGAGCUUCAAGGAGAGGAGGAGCAGGGACAGCCCCGGGAAGAGGGGCGACUCUGCGCUCCACCUCACUGCGAGGGCCGGCAAUGCUGCCCAUGCUCAGAGGAUCAUUGAGGACUGCGAUCCGGAGCUGGUGGGGGAAUUGGCCGCCCACCAGAACCAGGACGGGGAGACGGCGCUGUAUGUGGCCGCGGAGAAGGGCCACGUCGACGUUGUGUGUGCGAUACUGAAGGUUUGUGAUGUGCAGUCGGCAGGGCUCAAGGCAACCAAUAGCUUCGAUGCGUUCCAUAUUGCGGCCAAACAGGGCCAUCUGGAUGUUUUGCAGGAGCUACUGCAGGCAUUUCCUGCGUUAGCUAUGACAACCAGUUCUGUAAAUGCCACAGCUUUAGACACUGCUGCGACUCAGGGCCACAUUGGUAUUGUCAAUCUUCUACUGGAGACAGAUGCAAGUCUUGCUAGGAUUGGAAGAAACAACGGAAAGACAGUUUUGCAUUCAGCAGCAAGAAUGGGCCAUGUGGAGGUGGUAGCAUCGCUGUUGAAUAAAGAUCCGGAGAUUGGUUUCAGAACAGACAAGAAGGGACAAACAGCACUACACAUGGCUUCAAAAGGCCAGAAUGCUGAAAUUUUGCUCGAGUUACUAAAGCCCAAUGUCUCGGUAAUCCAUGUGGAAGAUAACAAGGGGAACAGGCCACUGCAUGUUGCAACCCGGAAGGGCAACACCAUUAUGGUUCAGACUCUAAUAUCCAUUGAAGAGAUUGAUAUUAAUGCAGUCAAUAGAGCUGGUGAGACUGCUUUUGCGAUUGCAGAGAAACAAGGCAACGAAGAGCUUGUUAACAUUCUGCGCGAGGUUGGCGGAGUGACUGCAAAAGAGCAAGUAAAUCCUCCAAAAUCAGCCAAGCAGCUUAAGCAAACAGUCAGCGAUAUCAAGCAUGACGUCCAAUCACAGAUCAAGCAAACACGUCAGACUAAGAUGCACGUCCACAAGAUCAAGAAGAGGAUUCAAAAGCUCCACAUUGGUGGGCUAAACAAUGCGAUCAACUCCAACACCGUUGUUGCAGUACUUAUUGCCACCGUUGCCUUUGCGUCCAUAUUCACCGUUCCUGCUGGCUUUCUGGAGGAAAUGAGCAAAGCGCCUGAACCUGGCAUGACCUUAGGGCAAGCACUGGUAGCAAGCAGGCCAGCCUUUAUAAUCUUCUUGGUCUUUGAUUCCCUGGCCCUCUUCAUUUCUCUCGCGGUAGUCGUUGUCCAGACCUCACUGAUAGUCGUGGAGCAGAAAGCAAAGCAGAAGAUGGUCUUUGUGAUGAACAAGCUGAUGUGGCUCGCAUGCCUCUGCAUAUCAGCAGCCUUCAUAGCACUGACCUACGUUGUCGUGGGCCGAAAGGACGAGUGGCUGGCCUGGUGCACGAUGGCGAUCGGCACCGUGAUCAUGCUAGCCACUAUCGGUUCCAUGUGCUACUGCAUCAUCACCCACAGGAUGGAGGAGAAGAGCCUGAGGAGGAUCAGGAAGUCCUCCAUGAGCCAGUCAUGGUCCAUAUCAGUUGACUCGGACACAGAGCUAGAACUGGCCAGCAGAAACAAGAGGAUGUAUGCUCUGUAGGGAUGAUGAGUUGAUGACGAGAAUCGCGGUCAAGUCUUGUAUAUAUUGGAAGCCCGUUUGCCCGAGGCAAUCAGCGGAUUUGACUCUGAAUAUAUCUAGGCCUAGGAACAUGGCACCUGUAUGUAUGUAUACAGUUGAGCUUCCUUGCAGAAACAGAGAUAUCUGAAUGAAGGUUCUGUGUAGAACUGUAGAUUGGUUCCAGGCAGCCACUUUUUAUAGGCACUAUAGGAGUAUCUGUGAAGCAAGAUGUUUUGCUCAUGUAGUCUUACAUCUACCACUGUUGAUGAUGAUGAUGAUGACAAUACUUACAAUUAUUAUAUACAAUAGUACAAUAGAAUAAAUUGCCAUUUUGUCAGA